CACUUGACUUUGACUCCAUCAAUUCUUAGAGUCUUUUUUAAAAGAAAAAUUAUUCUAAUACUCAAUCGGUCUUUCCCAACAUUUUUGAUAUUCCAAGAAAAAAGAGAGAGAGAGAGAGAGAAAAUGGAGAUCAGCCAGUUACCAGAAGAGUGCAUCUCUUUGAUAAUAUCUCUUACAUCCCCAAGAGAUGCCUGUAGAUCAGCGUUGGUGUCUCCUCUGUUCAGAUCAGUUUCUGAUUCGGAUGUCGUUUGGGAAAGAUUUCUCCCACCUGACUACCAAAAAGUCAUCUCCCAAGCUGUCGUUUUUCCUCAAACGACAUUCACCAAGAAAAGCCUCUACUUUCAUCUCUCUCACUAUCCGAUUCUCAUCGGCGAUGGCAAUAUGAGCUUUUCAGUAGAGAGAGAAAGUGGGAAGAAAUGUUAUAUGGUAGGAGCGAGAAAGCUUGAUAUCGCAUGGGGUGAUACGCCUCAAUACUGGAAAUGGGCUUCUCUACCUGACUCUAGGUUUCUCGAAGUGGCUAUACUCGAACACGUAUGGUGGCUUCAUGUGACUGCAAAAUUGGAAACUGAAAUUCUCUCCCCAAAAACAACUUACGCGGCCUACCUUGUGUUCAAACUUGAAGAAAAUCAAUACAAUUUCGAUAGAAGACCUGUUGAGCUUCGUGUUCAAUUAGAAAGAAGAGAAGAAAUGGAGGGUUUUAAUGCGUUCCUAGAUCCUUCGUCUAGAAACAACAUCAACAUGUCCCUAAUUCCUCGAGAUAGAGGGGAUGGGUGGAAGGAGAUUGAGAUGGGUCACUUCUUCAAUGAAGAUGGAGAAGAUGGUUUAGUGUUAUGUACUCUCAAGGAGGUGAGUUGUUCUAUGUCUUGGUCUGGCCUCGUUGUGCAAGGAAUUGAGCUUAGGCCAAGAGCUGCAGCAUAGAGAUAUUUAUAUCUAUACUUAUACAUGCAUCUCUUAAUAAGUUUUCUCUUGUUUUGAUGCUAUUUGUGUAUAAAAUUUGGUUGUCUAUUCAUUGUUUUUCUUGUACCCUUGAAUGCCAACUCUUUAUUUUGGAAAAAGAAAUAGAAAGCGCUAUGUAAUUGUUUGUUAGUGUCCAUUUAUAAGAGCAAAAUUUCACCUCA